GCAUUUCUUUUUCAUAAUAUCAUAAUGACAAUAUGUUGCGUGGAAACUGUAAAAUAGUAUGAAUGUAUAAAAGUGGUGACUAUGUGAGCUAAAUUGUCAAAGUAUCUCUCGGUAGUACUUGUGUAUAUAGGAACCCCUUUUCAUGGUACAUUAUUUCAUAGUCAAUAUCAGCACGCUGAUUGAGAAGUCCGAGGAAAUGAUGAUCGUUCUUUUACCCUUCCUCUGUGCCGCCGUAUCCUUGGCUGAGUUGACCACUCUCCAUAAAGGCCGAAAUCUGACCAGUAUGGAAGAGCGACUUUCCUAUCUGGAGAAAACUAUCGUACGUCGAAUAAACGCCACAGAGCGCGUUCUAGGACAGUUGCUGACAGGGAGAGAUGAUGCCGAUAUAUCGGCUCUGAAUGUACUUGCUCUUAGAUCUGGUAUGUUAGCCAGUCCCUCAGAGCCUGUUCUGUUUUCUGCUUACAAGUCCUCAUCUACCGGUGGAAUAAGCACUAAGGUCACCAUUAGGUUUGACAAGACCUACAUCAACCUAGGAAAUCACUACCAUACAGAGAACGGAAUCUUCAUCGCUCCCAAAACCGGCGUAUACCUGUUCCACUGGACUAUCGCUACAGGGAGCAGUGCGUUCUCCUCUCAGCUGAUGGUAGGGGGUACUGUUCGCGCUUCCAAUCUCGUUCCUUAUCCAGGCGGGGUAGAUUCCAGUUCAGCGAUGGUAAUAUUGAACAUCAGUGAAGAGGACCACGUCUGGAUACAACUGUACGGUUCUUCAGAACAUGUCUAUGGUGCCAGCAGUUCUAUAGGAAAUAACUACCAAUCAACGUUUUCUGGAAUCCUUGUACAUACUCCUUAGUGACCAUGAUAACCACACUUAAUAAACAAGUCUUUUCUGUGUAUAAGAAUGAUUAUUUGUAAUUUUGGUUGCUUUCUAUGAAUGUAAAUACUGGCAUAUUUCAAUAAAUCAAUGAAUAGAG